UCGCUUAUUUUUUGCAUGGCACUGUCUUCUGCCGCAUAACUACUCUCUCUUCUUCUUCUCCUUCGUUUCCCUCUUCAUUCAUUCUCUACGCGCUCUCUUUCAACUACUCAACCGAACCUCAACUGCCACCGCCAACCACCUCCAUCCAUGGCUUCCAGUAAUGAUCCCAAGGAGGUUUUUGACGCUGAUGCAAUGUUUCAAUUGUAUUUGCAUGAUUACAUGAUCAAAAGGGGAAUGCGUAACACCGCUGAGAUUUUCAGAAACGAAGCCCAAUUUCAAAUCCAACCUCUUGACAUGAAAUAUUUCGAUUCAGUGCUUGAUUCUCCAGAUGGGUUCCUCUAUGAUUGGUGGUCUAUUUUCUAUGAGGUGUUUGCCUCAAGGUAUGGGAGGGGACACUGCACUGGGCCAGAGUCCUCUUGUAAGGUUCCAAUGAAUAUGAUGCCAGCUGGUAAUUCAAACAAUGCUAGCCCUCAUAGAAUCCCUCAAAUACCAAUGAAUGAACACAGACCUCAACAAUUUCAAGCCAAUUCCGGAUUUAACAACAUGAUACCACAACCUGCAGCUCGUUUAAUACCUCAAGCAGUGUUUGAUAAUGGACAACUUGGAAAUCUGGCCGAAAAUGUUGAACCAAGUUUGCAUGAUCUUCUCAGAGAAAAUAACCAGAAGCUUCUGUCAGGAACUAAUUCGAAUCAUCUACCGCAUCCGCAAGAUGUAGGCAAGCAGGUCCAGAAGUACGUCUUCAAGGGUAGUGGUGUUACUAUGCGUGUUGGGAGGGAUGUACCUAGGGACCCUCCGGAUGUUGUGCAAAAAACUAUGCUUCCUUUAGAUGGACCUCAUCAAACAAACAACAAUGAAGCUCUCAAUCUAGUACCACAGCCACUAAAUGGAGGGCCAGUAAAUACACCAAACUCUCACCAGCAGUGUCAAGUGUUGAAAACACAAAAUCAGGAUGCUGCUCUGACUCAAGCACCUGCAUGUACUCCUAAUAGACAAACUUCCACAGUUCCUGGUACCAAACGUAAGAAUAAACAUCCAAAGAUUCCCAAGACUGGAUCAAGUAAAAAUGAUAGCCAGAAGAUGGAACAAAUUAUUAGUACUGGAGAACAUCAAUGCAAUCAGGAUCAGCAGAUACAGAUGCAGUCCCAGAAUGUUGAGAAGAGCACAAAGAGAAUGAUAACAGAAUCCACAAGACCUGUAGAAAGUGCCCAGGACUGUGCGGAUGCAAAACCAGCAGAUGAAAAUGUAGAGUCUUUCCUGUCUUUCGAAGACGAACCUGCUGAUAAUAGAAUUGAGCCUUUCAGCAAUCUGAAACGUAUUUCAGCUACAUGCAGUAGAAAUGAAAAUAAGGGUUUUUCACUCCAAGAGAUUGGUUGCCUUCACAAGAGCAUAAACAAGGUUUUGACCUGCCAUUUUUCAUCUGAUGGUAAAGUUAUGGCAAGUGCUGGACAUGAGAAGAAGGUUUUCAUUUGGAACAUGGAAAAUUUUCAAUAUUUUGCAUCUGCAGAUACACACUCACAUCUCAUUACAGAUGUUCGGUUUCAACCAGGUUCAACUAUGUUUGCAACAUCUUCCUUUGAUAGAUCUGUAAGACUAUGGGAUGCUAGCAAUCCUAUAAGAUCCUUGGGCAUACUCACUGGGCAUGACGAACAAGUAAUGUCAUUGGACUUCCAUCCGAGAAGGAUGGACCUUCUUUGCUCGAGCGAUAGCAAUGAUGUAAUUCGCCUGUGGAAUGUUAAUCAAAGUGAAUGCAUGCAUACCACUCGGGGAGGAAGUAAACAAGUCAGAUUCCAGCCUCAGUAUGGGCAGCUUCUGGCUACUGCUAUUGGAAAUUCUAUCACAAUAAUUGAUGUUGAGACUGAUAGCCACCUACAUGAUCUAAAGGGACAUGAUAAAGAUGUUCUUUCCAUCUGUUGGGAUAGAAGUGGAAACUUCCUUGCCUCCGUUAGUGAAGACAGUGCACGUAUCUGGUCUGCUGCAUCAGACGGAAAAUGCAUUGGUGAGUUGCAUUCAGUUGGGAACAAGUUUCAGUCGUGCAUAUUCCAUCCGGGAUAUCGUAGCCUCUUAAUUAUCGGUGGCUAUCAGUCCCUGGAAGCAUGGUCUCCGACAGAGGGCAGUAAAACAUGGUCCAUUGCUGCACACCAGGGGUUGAUUGCAGGACUGGCAGAUUCCCCUGUAGGUGAAUUGAUAGCCUCAGCUAGCCAUGAUAACAGCGUGAAAGUAUGGAAAUGAGGAUUUCAGUUCAUAUUUUUGCCCCUAGGUGUUAAUCUGGGCAUUUGUAUGAUAGGAUUUCCAUUCCUGCUACAUAUUUUUUUAUUGAUUAAAUAAUCUAUAGGUAAAGGUACAAAGUGCAAAAAUCACAUACUAUUUUUUUAGAGGAAAAGUUAAGAUUGUAUACAGGUGCUGCAGCCUGAGCCAGCCCAAUACAAUGCACAUAUCUUAUGAAUUU